UCGGGUGCGCGCGGCGAGGCCGUGGAGCAUGGCCAUGCUGUACGUGCGGGGAGCGCGGAGGCCGCGGCGGACCUGCGUGGUGGCGCAGAGGCUGCGGUGGCGCGGCGUGAGCCGAGGGCGUGCAGAUCACCGGAGGAGAACACAUCCAGCGGAGCGCAGGACGGCCGCGUCGAUCAUGUCAGUGCGUGAUCGUGUGCGCGAGCCGGGGCGUGCAGGGCGUGGCGUCAUCGAGGAGCUCGACGUGUGUCGCCGAGGAAGAAGGUGGUGGCUGCGACGGCGUGUGGCGCUGUCCCAAGUCAGCGGUGUCUCGGUGGCGCGUGAGUCCGUGCUCGCGUUCGUGUUCACCGAGUCGUCCCAGGUCUCACGGAUGAGCAGGUGGCUCCCGUACGAGAAGAUCGGAUCGCCAUGCGUACGUGUGCGGACGAUCGUGAAGAAGCAGGCACGGUGGCGACCGGCGUCAGCGUGCCAGGUCGAGUCCGCGGCUGUGACGACGACAACGACGGGAGCUGCAACAACUUCGGCGAUGGCGAGGUCGUGGUUUAGGGGGAGAGUGUUAGCAAUAAACCACGCAUUGUAUGGGUCAUGCACGUAGUUAGCUGUAGUGGAUGUCCGAGCGUCCGAUGCUGGCCAGGUCUUGCCGUGUAUGGUCAUAGCUGAAGAAGCGGCAGCAAAAGAGAUCAGAUCAUCAUGCAUGCAUGGACAGCUGCAGUUCCGUUCGUGCGGAGAGGCAGGUCCGGGUCAUGUGGAUCAUGGGUGAUCAAGUCAGCUAUUAGUGCGUGAGUGCAUGUAGUGGAGCAGGUCGUGUGCAUAAGAGCCGGACAGGUUGUUGCCUGGCUGUGUGCGUGCGUGCGUGAGGCUAUAUAUAGCCAUGUACGUGUAUGGU